AAUGUCCAGAACCAAGUCCAUGGGAUGCUAAAGGAUGAUGCUGACAAGGGUGCUGCUAUACAUUCCUUUGAUCCUGAAGCUUCCCCUCAGGAAAAGGCUGCUGCUGCUGGAAAAGCACGAAGUCAGCUGAAAGGCAGCACAGUACAUGAGUCGGAAAACGUUGGUAGUAAAGAACUUGCACUCGAUACUGGUGUCGGAGGACCUAUUCCCACUAUUACAAUAGAGGAUGCAGACAAGGCUACCAAGGAAGAGCACGAAAAAAACCCAAACGCUCCUACUACUCAGCCGACUCCUCCCGGUGCUUUCCCCUCGGGUCCUGCUCCCGCAAUACCUGAUUGGUACAAGGUUGGCUGGCGUGCAGUAUCCAAUAUCGACGCGCCUGCGCUCGAGGAAGGCGAAGAAAAGGAUAAGACAAUCCUCUCCAUGUACCUCAAUGAACAAUACUAUGGCGACUGGUAUCACAAUGCAGCCCUCAUAUUUUUCGCUGUCUUUGCUUCGCAUUUCUUAACUCGCUUCAACCUUGGGUGGGGAUGGCUAUUUAUAGUUCUCGCCAUCUGCAACACGUAUUAUGUAACCUCUAUGGGCCGUGUUCGGCGACGCGCUCGAGAUGACAUACAACGAGAGCUUGUCAAGACGCGUCUCGUAUCCGAACAUGAAUCUGCAGAUUGGAUCAACAAUUUCCUCGAUCGUUUCUGGCUUAUUUACGAGCCUGUCCUAUCCGCGACUAUCGUUUCGUCCGUCGAUCAAAUACUUAGCACCAGUACACCUGCAUUCCUAGACUCAUUGCGUCUCAGCACUUUCACACUCGGUACAAAAGCCCCGCGAAUCGACAAAGUUAGGACUUUCCCAAAGACACCAGAUGAUAUCGUAAUGAUGGACUGGGGCAUAUCAUUCACUCCGAACGAUAUUUCAGACAUGACGCCUCGUCAAGCAGCCCAGAAAGUAAACCCAAAGAUUGUCCUCUCUGUGCGCUUGGGAAAAGGUCUUGCGACAGCUGCUAUGCCUGUUUUGAUUGAAGACAUCAGUUUCACUGGCUUGAUGAGGAUCAGGCUCAAAUUGAUGACAAACUUUCCACAUGUGCAAAUUGUAGACAUCAGCUUCCUGGAGAAACCUGUCUUUGACUAUGUUCUGAAGCCAGUUGGUGGUGACACUUUUGGCUUUGAUAUCGGUCAUAUGCCAGGACUGUCUGCUUUCAUUCGCGAUAUGGUGCAUGCUACACUUGGUCCCAUGAUGUACGACCCGAACGUCUUCACCCUCAACCUUGAACAGCUACUUUCCGGCACUCCGCUGGAUGCUGCUAUUGGUGUUAUCCAGGUCAAAGUUGAAGCCGCACGUGGCCUCAAGGGUAGUAAGAUGGGAGGAGGUACUCCCGAUCCAUUCGUCAGUCUUAGUAUCAACAAUCGCGAGGAAUUGGCAAGGACGAAGUAUAAGCACAGCACAUUUAACCCCACAUGGUUGGAGACCAAAUUCCUGCUUAUUAAUUCUCUACAGGAAUCUCUUGUACUUAGCCUCUUCGACUAUAAUGGGCACAGGAAGGAUACCCAUAUCGGUGCUGCCACUUUCGAAUUACAGAAAUUACUCGAAGAUGCGACGCAAGAGGGACUUGAACUAUCAGUGCUCAAGGAUGGGAAGGAUAGAGGGAUGGUUAGGUUUGACGUCUCUUACUACCCUGUUUUGAAGCCAGAAGUUGUGGAUGGAAAGGAGCAAUUACCUGAAACCAAGGUUGGCAUUGUCCGCAUAACUGUUCACCAGGCCAAGGAACUUGAUGCCAGUAAAUCCCUCUCGGGUGACCUCAACCCAUUCGCAAGGCUCGAACUAGGAGCACAACCCGCACACAGCACCCCAAUCAUCAAACAUACAAACAAUCCAGUCUGGGAGUCGCCAUAUGAGUUCCUCUGCUCCGAUAAGGAUACCUCCACACUGACCAUCAAAGUUAUGGAUGAGCGCGACUUCCUGAAAGAUCCUGUCGUGGGACAUAUGACGGUUUUCCUUAAAGACUUGCUUGAGGCUGAAACUGGCGACGGUCGAGAUUGGUGGCCUUUGAGUGGAUGCAAGUCGGGCAAGCUUAGGAUCAGCACUCAAUGGAAACCGCUCCACAUGGCUGGUGCCCUUAGUGGUGCCGAUCAAUACGUCCCACCCAUUGGUGUGAUGAGACUCUGUUUACAGAAGGCUACCGACGUAAAGAAUGUGGAGGCAGCUCUUGGUGGAAAGAGCGAUCCCUAUGUCCGGGUACAGGUCAAUAACGUUACCAAGGCUAGAACGGAAGUUGUCAACAACAACUUGAAUCCUGUCUGGGAUCAAAUUGUUUAUGUUCCAGUACACUCGUUGAAGGAGAGUUUGUUCCUGGAAGUCAUGGACUAUCAACAUUUGACAAAGGACCGCUCUCUGGGUUCUGUUGAAAUUCGUGUCUCCGAUUUCGCUCGCGAGUUAUCUGGGAAUCCCGAUUAUCGCUACGAAUCGACAGGCAAGCAGGAAGCCGUGGCGCCUAUCAAACUGGACGGACAUGGCCAGAUGUAUAAAGGAGAACUCCAUCACGUUGCAGAGUUUGUUCCAGCUCUAGCGCUCAAAGAUGUCCACUUCGAUGCUGACGAAAACGAGCUGCAGCGCGCAGCUAGAAGCGUGGUUGGCUCAGAGGACGGUGAUAUUGCGUCUGUCAGAAGCAGUGGAUCUUCGACAUCAUUACUCAAGCAAGAGGAUAAGCAUGUCACGGUCACGCGACCGUUAGGGUCGUCAGGGCACACACCCGCUCACUCCACGGAUACAACGCAAAGUGCCGCCUUGAACGGGGCCGCGGAACAUAAUGGCGCAGCAGAAGCCUCGAAAGCCAAAGAACUCCUGAGGCAUCAAUCCGGCAUCAUCAUAUUCAACGUCAUUUCUGGCCAGCUACACAAGAAAGCCCGUCUUGAAGUGUGUCUUGAUGAUGGCUAUUGGCCAGCUUUUACUACUGCUAAGGCGCGCAGCGCUCAUGCACAAUGGCAACAUGUGGGUGAAGGUUUCAUCAAAGAGCUCGAUUUUGGCCGCGUGUGGCUACGUUUGAACGAGAAUAGCGAAGGUGAAAAAGACGAUAUUAUCGCCGAGUGGAAGGGAGACACCAAACCAUUUUUGGAGGAAACUAUGGACCGGCGUACGACUUUCACCCUCAUGGAUCAAGAUGAGAAGAAUCACUCGACAGUAGAGAUUGAAGCUCGUUAUGUUCCUGUGCCAGUUACGCUGGAAGCCAGAGAGAGUAUUAACAAUCAAGGUAUGCUUCGCGUCGUGCUUAUGGACGGAAAAGAUAUUCGUGCUGCUGAUCGAGGAGGCAAAUCUGAUCCCUUUGCGGUCUUUUCUCUCAACGGCCAAAAGGUUUUCAAGUCGCAAACCAAAAAGAAGACACUCAGCCCAGAUUGGUCAGAAAACUUUGUUGUCAGCGUGCCGUCUCGUGUUGCAGCAGAUUUCUCUAUAGAGCUCUUCGAUUGGAAUCAGCUCGAGCAAGCCAAAAGUCUUGGCUCAGGCUCGAUCAAUCUUGCAGAUGUGGAGCCUUUCCAAGGCACCGAGCGUAUUAUCUACCUCGCCGACAAGCAUGACGACAAAAAGGGCCAAAUUCGCAUUAGCCUUAUGUUCCAGCCAGAAAUUAUCGUGAAGACGAGAAAAAACACGUCGACAUUUUCCGCUGCUGGACGUGCGAUGACACACCUUGGUUCCAUGCCUCUCGAUGCGGGCAAAGGUGUAAUACACGGCGUAGGAGGGAUAUUCAAGAAGGAGUUUGGGAAACACGAUAAGCAUGACAGCGAAUCCUCUCAUACACCAGAACUGCCCUCGGGACAAGCUUCGCAACCUAUCCAGUCUCACAUCAUGGGAGGUAUAACUGCAGCAUUCCCAUCUUUGAGCGCCGAUCGUCAGAGUAGCAAUAGCGGCCCUCCAUCCGAGCCUGGCACAUUGAGAGUCACAGUCCUUGAUGCAAAAGACCUGUCAAGUAGUGACAGUAAAGCAUAUGCUGUUGUCCGUAUUGGGGACAAGGAACACAAGACAAAACACGCUGGGAAAUCAUCCACCCCUGAAUGGAACGAGUCUUUUGUUUUUGCUGCUGGGACUUUCACACCAAAAAUGCACGUCUGGAUUUACGACCAUAAAACUCUUGGCAAGGAUAAACUUCUGGGUGAUGGAGAAGUCGAUAUAUGGAGGCAUAUUCAACAGGGUAAAACCUCGUCAGCCGACGUAUUUGCAGAAUUGCGGGAAGGACAGGGAUUACUCCGCUUGCGUCUGGAGUUUGACGCUGACACCAACCCAUUAGGCCGAGGACCUUCUGUUUCGUCUUUUGAGCGUAGUGCAACCUUAUCGUCCCCAUCCAGAUUUAGUAUCCGCGGUCGACGGCCAGGAGCAAACGAGGACAACUGAUUGACAUUUCCUUGAGGUAAUCCAUUGGAGUUUCAUAUACAAUAUAUCUGGAGAAAGUCGCCCGUCAUAGUGAUAGUAAUUGAAACCAUUCACGAUUCUUGGUUGUCUACUCCAGUACACGCUACAUUCUCUUUGUAUAAUAAAUUUAUGUGAACCUUAUCCUAACUUCUUUACACAAUGAUUAGUUCUUUACAAAGUAGGAAUGUGAAGGUUUUGGAUUAGAGUGUAGAAUAAACGCUAGGUGACAAGAUUCAAGCUAUCGUGAAAACUUAAUGAUAAAUAAGUGUUCUCGUCCA